GCGCCUUGUCAGUCGUUGACAGACGGACAUUACCCGCAAAUGCUGGUUUCAUAUUUGUUUGUUGUCAGAAUUAUUAUAUCAGUUUUUUAAGUAAUUCAAAGUGAUAUCAAUCAAAAUCAGACGCUUUAUUGUAGUCUGAAUGUGAUACGUAAAUAAAUCGCUCGAAUGCAAUCGAGGCGACAAAAGAAAAACGCGUUCCACGGUUACGUCACUAGGCCAUUUUGUAUUUGGUGAAAUCUUUGUUUCGCGAACGGAUAAGGUUGUUUUUUGUACGGUUUGCCCCGUAAACCUGAUAUUCUUUUUUAAAAGGUAUAAUUAAAAAUUCAUCAAAAUUCCGGUGCCUACGAGAAACAGAGAUCCCGGCCUCUACGGUAGCGGUGAUAUGAAUAACAAAUCGAGGAAAAAUCGAGGGGGCCCUGUAAGGAAUCAAAGACCUCACAGGCCCGUGGUCUCCGAAGGGGUCUACAACAAUGCUCAUUUUAUGCACGCUGCUACGGCACAGGUUGGGAACGUGGUGAGAAUCACCACUGCUUCAGGAAUCGUAUGGGAAGGUGUAUUCAAAACGUUUUCGAGCAGAUUCGACGUAGUGUUAGAGGUGGCAGCCAAAGUGGAGAACCCGGACGGUCCGAAUGCCCAGAUAGACGUCGACACGUACGUCGACAAGCUCAUAUUCAAGCCUUGUGAUAUUUUGACGAUGGUAGCCCAAGACGUAGAUCUAGAAUACCCGACGCGGGACACCUUCCUAACGGAUACUGCCAUAUCGGCCCCGUUGAACGGCAACAUGAAAUUGGAGGAGAAGAAGCUGGAGCCGUGGGACGCGUCCGGCAUGAACGGCGCCGACAUCGAAUUGGAGCUGGACCAGGCCAACGGCUGGGACGCCAACGACAUGUUUAGGAAAAACGAGCAGGACUACGGCGUGCAGAGCACGUUCGAUCAGUCGCUGAGAGGUUACACGGUGCCGCUGCAGACCAGCGAUUCGGCCGAUUACAAGGAGGCCGAGGCCAAGGCCAAUUUGAUCGCCAACGAAAUAGAGAAUCAACCGCAACACAAAGCUAGGUUAGAAUUAGAAAACGGCGACGAGGAGGCCAUAUACGCGGCGGUCGUCCGGCCACAUCAAGAAAACAAUACAAACGGUAAAUAUAUUCCUCCAGCUAAGCGGAAGAACCAGAAUAGCGGCAAAUUAGUUAGGAGCACGCCGCCGCCCAGCCAGAGUAGUAGCAGUCAGAAUACGCCGUCGCCGAAGGAGACUCGACCGCCGAUGAGUUAUCCGACGCACCCGUCUCCCCAUCAAAACAACGUACACCUUCAACGAGUUGCGCUACCCCAGAAUCCCCCGCACAUGCACAACGCGACCAUCCAUUCGCCGCCGAUGGGCAUCCAACCGCACCCGGCGGCCAAUCAUUCCCGUCCUCACGCCCACACGCCCCCGCAUCAAUACCAACAGCCCCCCGUCCCGCAGCGACAGCCGAACAUACCUCAACAGCUCCAGCAGCAGCAACAGCAGCAAGCCCAACAGCAAAUCGACAUGUCGAAGGCUCAGAUCAACGGCGAGGCGAAAGGGGCGCCGCCCGCUCGCCAACAAAGGGUCUAUCAAAACCAACAAUACCAAUCGGAUAUCAAGCCGGAGGUGGUGCAGAUCCAAAACCAUCCGGCGCGGCACCGGGACGACACCAUCAAGGAUUUACAUCAGUUUGCUCAAGAUUUCAAAUUGGCCGGUCUCUCUAACGAACAACCGCCGCCGCAGGUCGUCGAGCAAAUUCCUCCCGUUCAAAAUAUUCCAAAUAAACCGCCGCAACAGCCUUCGCCACCGCAACCGCAGCAAUCGAUCAGUCCCCAACAGGAUAAUUUAGACAAGGUCGCUAAUACUUUGAAGAAAUCCACGUUGAAUCCGAACGCUAAGGAAUUCGUUUUGAAUCCCACUGCUAAACCAUUCCAACCAAGAUCGCCAAGUACGCCGUCGGCGAGUCGUCCUCACACGCCGCAAACUCCGAGUCACAGCCCGUACGUUUCGGCCUCGGUCGGAGGGCCAGCAGUCCAACAGGCGAUGCCCGUCAUGAUGCCAUUCUACCACGUCAUGACCAGCCAACCGCAGUACCAAACGCCGCCCCAAGGCAAUAAGAUCAGACGUUUACCGAUGCGGGCGGAUAUGGCGUCGCAGAUGCAAGUGGCGGCGGCGACGGGCCAACCGCUGCUGGCGCCGGCGCCGAUGCAGCAGUUCAUCUACCCGCCGACGAUGAACCAGGCGUACCAGCCCAUGCACAUGGCCGUGCGGACGUACGAGACGUCGCCGCAGAUCCAGUACCUGCCGCCGAACGCGCACCCCGUCGCAGGCGCCGUCGCCCGCCCAGCCGCCGCAGUACAAUCCGUCGCAGGGGCCGCAGGCGCCGCCGCAGCAGUGCCAGGCGGCGCCGCCGCCGCAACAGGGCCACCACCAAUUUCCGCUGAUGUAUCCGCUCAUACAGGCGCAGCCGCACAUGAUGCAGAGCAUGCAGUAUUUGCAACAGGCGCCGCCGCCGCAGCCGCCCAUGCAGGUGCUGAUGCACCAGCAUCCCGGCCAGGGGAAUCCGCACGGGCCUAAUCCUUAGCGCUAGCGGUGGUUGUUGUGUUAGGCGAAUUUUUUAAUAUCCUUUUUUUAAUUUUUUUUUUCUUCCGUUUAAUGUCAAUUUUUUUCUUUUUUUUUUUGGCGGGGGUAUUGUUAAAAAUUGGCGUUGCUGCUGGGAGGAAACGAGGAAAAGAAUUGUGAGAAUACAACAAGCUUUUCGGGAGAAUUUCGAAACUCUCAAAUCGCGUUUUGGUUAAAGUAUUUUUUUGUUAAUUGAAGAAAAAUUGUCGGUGCUUCUGUGACAUUCUUGAUAAUAGUGAUUUACGAAACGGAAAAGCAAUUCUUUAUUGAUGAAUAGCGUUAAAAAAUAUUAAUUAUUCCAUUUUCAUUUGACCAUUAAUUGAUAAUUCACGUAAGUUACUUUUGUACAUUUUAAUGAUGUGAAUAAAAUACUCCUUAAAAUAUAUAUUUAUUAAAUUAUAAAAAACUUAGAUAUACAAUGUGUAAUAUGUAAUACAUUUCUAUAUUUUAAGUUUAAGUAAAGUAUCUUUUCACUUCCAUUGACUGUUUAAAUCUAAAUUAACUUUAUUCGUGAUGUUUUAGAGGAACAUUAUUAGUUUACGUAGCCUUACAUCGUAUUUUGUAAGACUAAUAAAAGGUAGGGUGUAAAAAUUUUUCUCUUAUAAAACUUAAACACUAUUUUCCUAAAGUUGGCUCAUAUUGAGUUGUUGGUUAGUUAGGAUAUUUAAAGAAUAAAAAGAAAAAUAAAAAAAUUAAAAUCAAUUUAGUUGUUAGAAUUUUUUGUGGAAGAAUUGCUUUUCUCUUAUACGGUUUUUUCGAGUAACAUCGAUUGACGCCAAUUUUUAAGUAACAUACACAUCAACAGCAAAUUUUAAAAUCGUAAAAAAACAAUUUGUUAUUUUUUGUUAUAUUCUUUUAAUUUUGUUAAUUGUUAUUUUUCUAAGCUUGAAUGAGAAUAGCGAAGCGACUCGCGCGGAAUUUUUAUCAAAUAUACCGGGUUACCCGAAAAGAUUAAACGGACAGGCGACAUUUUAGGUUUGUUGUUUUCUUUAGUUUACCUAGGCUAUAUGUGAUAAAAAUUAUUAUUGUAAGCCUUUAAAAGACUUACGAAAGGUGUUCUGACAGUCACGACACAUCCAAAUUUGCCUCUAUCAUGAUUUUAUUCUAAUUAUUUGGUUUAACGGAAGCAUUUAAUGAAAAAUUUGCGAGUCUAGCGCGAAAUGAUGGGUGGAUUCGCAUCAUUUUCCGCUAAACUUCGACUGCAGAGUGCACUUUUGAAACCUUCAACUUGUCUUUAAGGUAAUUUUUUGUUUACUAAAAUACUUUUUUUUUCCAUAGUAGCAUUUUCGUGCAUGCUAAUUUUCGGUGGUUAUAUCAUUCCAUAUUUUUUAAUGAAAAAAAAGGAAAAUGAAAUCAUAAGGUAGUGGCCUCUCUAUUAUUAUUUUUUGUUCUCGUAAGGAUAGACUUUCAGUAUUUGAAAUAAAACGAGCCAGCUGGGUCUGGUUUCAUUUUUUCAACACCAAGGACGUACAAAUGCCAUUAUUUAAUCUAAAGUAAUGAGUAAACUUAUAAGAGUACCGUUUUCUUUACAAAGACCUCACGUUGCUGCAAAGGUCUCCUAAAGAAGCUCGCAAUAAUGCGUUUGUAUCGUCCUUAAAUAAAAUAAAAAAAACGUACGUUUGGGGUGAGCAGAGGCUCCUAAUUUAUUGGCAGAGAUUGUUGAGAAAUCAGGCGGCCGAGAAGUGCUUCUCUUAGACGUUAAGGUGCCUUAAAUCUCGUUUAUUUUUCAUUUGUGUAAUUCGUCAAAAACCUAAACCUUCGGCACCUCGAAUUGUUGAAAGAACUUAGUUGAACUAAGUUUGCAAAAAAAAAUGGUUUGGAACAUUCGCGUUUCGAAUAGGAGAUGUUAUUUCGCUCCGAGAAAACGGCGCGUUCUAAUUUCGAAAUUAUUAUGUGCUGUUUUUUGCUACACUGGAAUAUCUUAUUCAGAACUGCGUACGAGCGACAGUUAGAUAUGUAUAAAAUAUUUUUAUUUUUUUUUCGCAAAUAAAGCCUUCGAUUUUAU